UGGUCCGAGUUAAACAAUGGUUAGGUAAACUCUGAGGUUGAAUCAAUGGUUAAACCAAGUUGAACCCAGUUUGGUCAGUGACAGUGACAGCUGACAAAAAGUACCAUCGAUGUUCGUAAAUGUUUGUUCUGGAUCUAUAUUUUAUUUUUGUAUCUACCUAUCUACCUACCUAUUUAUUAUCGUUUUAUGUUACCUACUUAUUUUGUAAAAAAACCAUCAACAUUAGAGAAUGAUGUUUUUGAAAUAUAUUAUCAUUAUUUUAAUAUUCUUAAGAAGUUUGCGUAAUCAAGAAACAAGUUGCGGUUGCAGUGGUAUCAAUAGGAAAGAAUAUGUAAACAAUAACAUCUUCAGCAAUUUUGUUACAAAAGAUCUAUCCCAAUUUCAAUGUCUUAUUGGACAGGAAGAUUUAGAUUUUCAUAAAGACUCUACUGAGGAAAUGAUACUUGUGCCCGAAGCUGAGUAUCAAGUUGGAACUAACGAAGUAAUAAUACAAGCCGAUAAAGAAGGCCCACAACGAAUGAUCAAACUAAGAAGUUUCUAUUUGGACAAAUAUGAAGUAUCAAACAGAGAUUUUAACCGUUUUGUUAGUUUAACCAAUUAUAAGACUGAAGCAGAGUUAUUUGGAGAUAGUUUUGUAUUUACACUAUUUCUUAACAGUACUUUUAAACAACAGUUACACGAUUUUCGUGUUGCACAAGCUCCUUGGUGGUAUAAAGUUGAGGGUGCCAAUUGGCGGCAUCCACAUGGCCCAGACUCGGAUAUCACAGGUAUAUAUAACCAUCCAGUAACACAUAUAUCCUGGAAUGAUGCCGUUGCUUAUUGCAAAUGGAGAAAGGCCAGACUACCAACUGAAGCGGAAUGGGAGGCAGCCUGUCGUGGUGGUCAUUACAACACCAAUUACCCUUGGGGUGAUAACCUGUAUCCUGAUAAAAAGCAUAUGGCAAACAUCUGGCAAGGAACAUUCCCUAAUCACAAUUCAGCCAAAGAUGGUUAUGUAGGAACAAAUCCAGUAGACCUAUUCCCACAGAAUGUUUUUGGUUUUUACAAUAUGGCUGGUAAUGUCUGGGAAUGGACACAAGAUACUUGGUCUAAAAGUCAGCCACAGGAGAAAGUGAAAAAAGGUGGUUCAUAUCUAUGCCACCGUUCCUAUUGUUACCGAUACAGAUGCUCAGCUCGCUCACACAAUACUGCGGACAGUUCUGCGGGAAAUCUGGGAUUUCGUUGUGCUCGAUCUUAUUAAAAUGUCUUAAGUGAGUUUACCUGAUAAGUACUUAAUAAUUAUGUUCCAUGAAUCUCUUUUUUUUAUACUGUAAAACAGAAUUUGUAAAGUUGUUGGUAUAUUUAAUUGAUAAGAAUAAAAAUACGACUAGUCUUCCAAUUACGUAAAUGUUAGGUAAGUCUGUCUACACAUGAUAUGUAAUAUGUGUUAAUGUAUGAAGUUCCUUUAGUUUAUAUAAUCUUGUAUUGAGUGUGAAGUAGAGCAAUGUCUAAUCAAUGAGUCUAUAUAAUUUAAGUUUAAUGGUUGUGGUAAUUGUAGUUGGGGCUAUUCAAAAAUCGUCAGUUGCAUGACUAAGCAUACUUAAUUUAUUAAAUAAAAAAAAAAUGUUAAAUUUUGACAUGUCAUGCAAAAUAGUAUUUGCAUCAAUAUUGAAUGAAGAAAGGUCCCAACAAGUCAGCAGUUUUACAAGAGUUAGGUCAAAAAGUCUAAUGUAUGCAAAAAUAAAUAUGCAAAUGAACACUUGUUAUGUACAUUUGCAUGUAAUUAAUUUGUCAUGUACUUAAAUGAUUUGAAUAGUUUGUUGGAAUAAAUGUUUUUUAAUGAGAA